CAGAUGACUGAUCAAGUUACUCUUAAGAUAGGCUUCAUAGGCGCUGGUGCCAUUAACUUCGGUCGGCUGCACCUGCCAUGGGACCAUGCCUCGCGUUUAGAACAGCUUGGAGGCAUUGAUGUCAUUGGUAUUGUGGAACUGGACGAAAAGUUAGCCAGGAGCGUAGUAGAAAAAAGGCAAUCUUCUGCAAAGUAUGGUCAUCUCUACAAGAACUGCAAAAUCUUCAAAAAUUACAAAGAACUCAUUGAAUUAAAACCGGAUGCUGUAUUGAUAGGGAUUCCUCCAGCUUACCGUGGCUCAUUCUCAGAGGGGAAAGAUCUCGAGCUUCAGUUCGCACGUGCAGGAAUACACGUGUUUGUGGAGAAACCUUUGUCGGUAUUGCCACCGGAGGAGUUUAUGACCUACUCCAAAGCCAUUACAGAGACAUGCAAAGAAAAGAAAGUAAUAGUAUGUGUUGGAUAUAUGUUCAGAUAUCAUGCUGGCAUACUCAAAAUGAAGGAGCUUAUAGAGAAACAUGGUGGAAAGGUGAUGGCGUUCAAUGCGAGAUAUUAUUUUGCCUACACCAAAGCGAUUAACAAGUAUUGGUUCAACGAGGACUUUAGCGGUGGACCAAUCGUGGAACAAGCCACUCACUUUUGCGAUUUGGCGCGGUUUGUCGUCAGUGACGUAGAUGUCCCUACAAUACAUACUCUUCUACUGAAGGACUCUGAUCCCAGUGGCGCUGGACAUUUGGCAUACGUUCCUAGUGAAGCAGAGGAUGACAUAACUCCUGAAAGAAGAAUCCCUCGAGUAACUAUGAGUCACUGGCGAUUUAAGGACGGUGGAUUAGGUACCCUUAUGCACUCAGUAGCUCUUCCCGGAACAAGGUACGAAGCAAAUAUUGACGUUCAGCUUGAUGGACUCAAACUAUCCCUCAUUGAACCUUAUGAAAAGGACUGUAUCCUAAGGGUACGAAGUUUAAAAAACGAGGACCCAAAUAAGGAUCAGGAUUUCACUUUCCCCACCGACGAUUCGUAUCUCACUGAACUUGGAACUUUUCUGAAGGCUGUCCGCACGAAUGACCCUUCUCUGAUAAAGAGUUCCUACAGUGACGCAGCUCUUACAUAUCAGAUGACCUGGGCCAUUCGACGAGCCACUUCAAUUCAGCAAUAAUUGUUUUGUUUUUUU